AUGAUUAUUCGGAGGAAAGUAGGUGAUGAAGAAGAACGGAGCGAUUCGCGCGAUGAUGAUUGGAAAAGGACAAGAGGAACUGACUUCGAACAGCAUAAAAGUGAUAGAGCAGUCCCGCGGACACCGACAAUUCCGGAAUCCACGAUGUCUACUAUGUUAUUUAUAUCUGAAAGUAAAAAAUUCGACAAAUUUAUACCUUCUUUUACCAACAAUACAUCAACCAAAACUCAAACAACGAAGAUUCAGAAAAAGAAAAAACUAUCUAUUGUGACAAAUCAACGUCGUAGAUCAUCCAAUCAUUCUCAAUGCCUUCAUACGCCAUCUUCACCUACCAAUUGUAAUAACAAUAAUGAUGGAAUUAGAAAUAGAAAAACGACCAAUGAACAAGGGAAAAAUCGUCGAUAUAUAACAGAUGAUCAGGAAUUGAUGACUCUCGAAGAUGAAUUGGAUUAUACUCAAGACACUUUGGCCACUUUGAAUGUGAUGUUUGGUAGUCUGCGGCAAGCCUAUGUGACUUGUGCACCACAAUUAGAUCCUCAUGCAACACGUCUGGAUGCUAUGGAAAAGGAAUUGUUAUCAGCAUAUGAUGAUUUGGAAUUGCAAGUGAUACAUUUGGACCGACAUAUCAAGAAAUUGGAAUUAUCGUGGCAUCAAUGGAAAUCAGCUCACUGUUCUCAACCUACUACUAGUUCUACUACGGCUCUCUCCUCUUCCGAUACAGAUUAUGCUCUACCCUCUCCUCUUUCUUCCUGUUCCUAG